AUAGAAAUAAGUAGUGAUUGUCCCUGAGUCAUUGGUGCGCCGAGAACUCUGCGAUGGGAUGGCGGGAGUCCAUUGGGCUGGGCAGGCAGGUUCGGCUGGCGAUGCUGGGGAGGAGGAGGAGGAGGCUGCUGGUGGUGAUCGCGCCCGUCCCCCUCUCCGCAGGUCUGUGACAAGCAGAGAACAAGGCAACGACAGCGCAGCCCGGCCUCGGCUGACGGACGCGGGCGGCUCAGACAUGGACAGUGGCUGCCACAACGCGACCGCCAAAAUGUUAGCGACUGCCCCGGCUCGGGGCAGCGCGAUGAGCACCUCCAAACCCUUGGCUUUCUCCAUCGAGCGGAUCAUGGCGCGCACCCCGGAGCCCAAGGCCCUGCCGGUCCCCCACUUCCUGCCGGGAGCCGUGCCCAAGGGGGACUCCAAGCACCCGCUGCAUCUUAACCCGUCGAUCCCUUGCAUGAUCCCCUUCGUGCCGGUGGCGUACGACACGAGCCCCAAGUACAAGCUGGUGCGGCCGCGCGUGGUCAACCAUUCUUCCUUCCACGCCAUGGGAGCCCUGUGCUACCUGAACCGCGGCGACGGCCCGUGCCACCCGGCGGCGGCGGGCGUGAACAUCCACCCGGUGGCCUCCUACUUCCUCAGCUCCCCUUUGCACCCGCAGCCAAAAACGUAUUUAGCCGAAAGGAACAAACUGGUGGUCCCGGCCGCGGAGAAGUACCCCUCGGGCGUAGCUUUCAAAGACUUGUCCCAGGUUCAGCUGCAGCAUUACAUGAAGGAAAGCGCGCAGCUCCUGUCGGAAAAGAUCGCCUUCAAAACCUCCGACUUCAGCCGAGGCUCUCCGAAUGCCAAACCCAAAGUUUUCACGUGCGAAGUGUGUGGAAAGGUCUUUAACGCUCACUACAACUUAACCCGUCACAUGCCGGUGCAUACGGGAGCCAGGCCCUUCGUGUGCAAAGUGUGUGGAAAGGGGUUCCGGCAAGCCAGCACCCUGUGCCGGCACAAGAUCAUUCACACCCAGGAAAAACCUCACAAAUGUAACCAGUGUGGCAAAGCAUUUAACAGAAGCUCCACUUUGAACACGCACACCCGGAUACACGCGGGCUACAAACCGUUCAUAUGUGAAUUCUGUGGCAAAGGAUUUCAUCAAAAAGGGAAUUACAAAAACCACAAGCUGACCCACAGUGGGGAGAAGCAGUUCAAGUGCAAUAUCUGCAACAAGGCUUUCCACCAGGUCUACAACCUCACCUUCCACAUGCACACCCACAACGACAAGAAGCCCUUCACCUGCCCCACGUGCGGCAAGGGCUUCUGCAGGAACUUUGACCUCAAGAAGCACGUCCGCAAGCUGCACGACAGCAGCCUGGGGCUGGCCCGCACGGCGGGAAACACUUUUAGUGUUUGCUCAUGGAAUAUUAUGUUGGCACCUAGCUGCUGCUGCUCCCCACUCAAGAUGGCGCAGUCUCCAAGCCAGAGUCUCAACUACAGGAAAGGUGACAGCCUCACUAUCCCUCAGGAACUCAUGUUGAAACACUGGAUUGACUAUAUCAGACUGAUUGACUUUGUUGUACAGGAAGUUUCAAGUUUAUUAGAUGCCAUCUACUAG